AGUGAAGUAUGCUAGAGAGGAUCUUGAACUCAUACAUAUGUUAUAUGUAAAGCCAAACCUCAAAUCCUAGACAGUGAAACAGAUUUUGAGGUUGUCUCAUACUCUCAUUCACUGUGGUCCGUCCAUUCAUACUGGUCCCCAUUGUGUCCAUCAAAACUCAAAAGUACAAGUCCCUAAAUGAAUUCCAGUAUGGUAUAGUGUGGACUUUACCUUAAAAAGUUGCAGUAAUGUUCAUUUAAAACCAACCUUAUCAAGCUCCAUCCUUUAUCUCGGUUUGUUUGUCUGGGGAAAAAGAUCAAUUCUCCAGAGAUAGCUUUAGUUCUUUGUGGUAAGCCCUCCUCCUUCACCGUGUUUCAUCUCAACCGUUGAUAGUGCAAGACACCCAAAAAGUUCAACUCAGUGGCAUAUAUAUUAUAUUGCUUGUGUUUCUUCCCAUAUAGAGGCUUGAUUCUCUAACCCAAUUGUACUGUUAGUUCUUCAGUGUAAUUGAUUCUUGUUUCUUGUUCAGUUUGCAGACCUUUUUUCACAUUGAUCAAGUUCUAUAUAUACAGUUAUAUAGCAAAAUAAGAAAUGAAGUUUAUGAAAAUUGGGACAAGACCAGAUGCCUUUUUCACUGAAGAUGGUACUAGGACAGUGAUUUCGGAUGUGCCGGGUGAUCUUACAAUCACUAUCAACAGCAUCACCUAUCUUAUUCACAAGUUUCCGCUUCUGCCAAAGUGUGGCCUCUUACAGCGGCUCUGCUCUAGUGCUGAGGAUUCUGGGAAUAUCGCGCUCGAAUUGCAUGAUAUCCCGGGGGGAGAAGAGGCGUUCGAGCUGUGCGCCAAGUUCUGCUAUGGGAUAACCAUCAAUGUGAGUGCUCACAAUUUUGUGCCUGCCUUCUGUGCAGCCAAAUUCCUUAGAAUGACAGAGGCAUUUGAGAGAGGAAAUUUGGUUGUGAAACUCGAGGCGUUCUUCGCUAGCUGCAUUCUCGAAGGGUGGAAGGACUCGAUUCUGGUGCUCCAAACGACUCAGAAGUUAGCCGAGUGGGCAGAAAAUGUUGGCAUAAUCAGAAGAUGUAUAGACUCCAUUGUUGAGAAAAUCUUGACACCUCCACUUAAGGUUAAGUGGUCAUAUACUUGCAGCAGGCCAGGAUAUGAGAAAUCAGUCCCUAAAGACUGGUGGACAGAGGACUUAUCCGUGCUCGAGAUCGAGCUCUUCAGGUGUAUAAUCACUUCGGUUAGGUCAACAAACGCGUUGCCACCGCAGCUCAUAGGCGAGGCGUUACACGUCUACGCAACCCGGUGGCUCCCAAACGUGACAAAGCGUCUGCCAUUAGCCACCGGGGCGGACAGAAAACGCAGCAUUCUUGAAACCAUUGUGAGCAUGAUCCCGGGUGAUGGGGGAUCGGUUCUGGUCGGGUUCCUUCUGAGACUCGUUAGUGCUGCAAACUAUCUAGGUGCAUCUAUGGUGACGAAAGCCCAGCUCAUAAGACGAUCGGGCACACAACUCCCCGAGGCCAGGCUAAACGACCUGUUGCUGCCAUCACAAGAUGGUGGCAGCAGUACUUGUGAUGAAAGCUGUUGUGCUUUCGAUGUCGAGUUGAUUGGCGUCGUCUUAGACAGCUUCUUGAGGCAGUGGAGAAGGCACGUCCCGGGGGAAGGCGAAAACCAUUCGUUGAGAUCAAUCAGGAAGGUAGGGAAGCUAAUUGACACUUAUCUUCAGGUUGUUGCCAGGGAUCCUAAAAUGCCAGUGGAAGAAAUGGUUUCUCUAGCUUCAGCUGUUCCAGAUAUUGCCAGGCCUGUUCAUGAUGAACUUUAUCAAGCAAUCAACACCUAUCUCAAGAUUCAUCCUGAUCUAAGCAAAUCUGGGAAGAAGCAACUGUGCCGGAUUCUGGAUUGCCAGAAACUAUCUCCUCAAGUAUGCAUGCACGCUGUGAAGAACGAACGGCUGCCAUUGAGGACGGUGGUGCAGCUGCUCUAUUUUGAGCAGGAAAGAGGAGGAGGCACCAGAACCACUACAGCCAGUGAACUCGCAUCGCCCAGCAUUCAACGCACGCCAACUCUCAAGGAUUAUGGCCUCAUCAGAAGAUUGAAGCUGCAGGGUUCCGAUGAUAACUGGAGAAUUAGAAGAGGCCCAGUUCGUGAUGAUGAUGAUAAGGCAGAAUCAAACAGCAGCAGAUCAAGAAUAGUAAUGGAGUCUGGGAAGAAGGGAAGGGAAAUUGUUGAAGAGGGGACUAAUAAGAUUCAUCCUCGUACUCAAAGAACAGUAGUGCAUAAACAUAUAUAGCAUAGAGGCAAAGGAAUUCAGUGAACACUGGGUUUCAUUAUUGAAUUGUGUGGGAAGAUCGAUAUAUAUUCUUUGGUCUGAUCGGAAAGUCUCUUAGCGUCUGAUCGAUGAUGGUUUGUAUAAAUAGCUGUUUAGCCAGUCAAUUAAUGCUUAAA